AUGGAAGUCUUGGGGAAGCUGGCUUGGAGGCGCAGCUCCAGGAACUGGUCACAGGCUCGUGCUGGAACAGGAUGUAUGAAAUGGCUUGUCUAGAUUUUAAAUGAUUUGAUAUUUACAACUGUUUAGAGUAUAUAUGUAAGCAGAAUUCAUUUUAUUAAAUGUGGAGAUCCAGGUAAAUAUCAUUUUAUACUGUUGUUUCAAAACCCUAAAGAUACAGCUGUUUCAUUUUUCCAUUUCCAUACAAAUGGAAUGCAAAGUGUCCCCAGUUACAGCUCCAGGGAUGAGUUCUUCUCGGGAUUAAUGACAGAUCUGUUCAGCUGGGAAUCCUGUUUUGAUCCUGCAGUAACCUGGAACAAACACAUUGAAGAAAAGAAUACUAUGGUCAGAAUAUAUGAAGACCUGAAAGGGAACCUGACUGCCAGUGUAAAGCAGAUAGCUGCAUUGUUUGGAUUCUCACCAACAGCUGAGCAGAUCCAGGCCACUGCAGGAAGACACACUUUCCAGCCAGUGAGUGUUAAAGCUCAGGAGACUGAUGGUGCUGCUGGCUUGAUUCUUUUCCAUAAAGGUGUUUUUGGACACUGGAAAAAUGUUUUUGCUGAAGCUCAGAGCCAGAAAUUGGCUGCCAAAUUCACAGCAAGCUUAGAAGUAGCUAAGCUGGGAGAGGAGUUUAAAUAUGAUGUGUGUUGUGAGGCCUGA